AAAAUAAACUGUAACUGUGAACUUAAAAAGAUAAUUGUGAUGAAAAUACUUCCGCUGAUUAAAUCAUUUUUCUCUUCCAAGCAGGAGUUAAACGAUUCAAACGCUGCUACCAUUGAUCCAUUUCAUCCUUCAACGUCGAGAUCCUCGCCUAUGACAUCUAAGUGCGCAUUUUUUCCUUCACAAACAUCAAAAACUUAUCGAAGGUUGAAGCGAGAGUGUCUGAAACAGGGCAAAUUAUUUAUCGAUUCUGAAUUUCCACCCUCAAACGAGUCCUUGUUUUUGGAUGAAAGUAGAUGGAGCGGGGCUGACUUGGAGAUCGAGUGGAAGAGACCGGGCGAAAUUGUUGAUGAUCCAAGGUUAUUCGUAGAAGGAGCUAGCCCAUUUGACGUUACUCAAGGCAUUCUUGGAAAUUGCUGGUUCGUCUCAGCUUGUUCAGCAUUAACAAACAGUGAUGCACUUCUAUGUAAGGUGAUUCCGGAUGGCCAAGAAUGGGAUUCGACGAGCAAUGAUUAUGCAGGAAUUUUUCAAUUUUGUUUUUGGCGGUUUGGUCGGUGGAUCGACGUUAUUAUAGAUGAUUUACUGCCAUGUAGGAGUGGCAAAUUGUUAUUUGCGCGAUCAAAAACUGAUAAUGAAUUUUGGAGUGCACUACUGGAGAAGGCUUUUGCCAAGUAA